GAAGAAUAUGGCCGUUUCGUUUUAAUGGUAAAAACUGAAAACGCCGCCGAAUGUGAUUAGAGGAGGGAACAACCGAUUGAAUAAAAAGCGGGAGACUUGGGAGUUGGAGUUGGGAUGUGAUAAAUCCAGUGUUCUUGCAACUUCGUUGCUGCUUCGCUUAUUGGCAGUCUGCAGUCAGCAGGCGUUCAGACUCUUUUGCUAUUAGGGUUUAAAGAGCUGCAUGCACUAGUUAAUCCCUUCAUUUGAUAAAAAAGUAGAGAAAACCGUAGUUUCGAGAAACGCCAUGGAAGAGGUCAGGUCCAGCACGGCGUGGGUCGUUAGUCAUUCCUUUCAUGUAGUUGUCGAUUCAUCAGGACUCGAGAAAGCAGUCGACACAAUUGAAGGUUCGGUUCCCAAGGUUGAAUGGGAUUUCGAGGGGAUUCACUAUUUUGAUAAUGGCCCGCUCACUGUUCAAUACCUAUUUGUUCUGGAUGCACUCAACUUUUGUUUUUGGCCGGACAAAGAUCUGAGUUAUGACAAUUUGGCCUUGGGGCUAAGGGAAGCUAUACAAAAUGAUAAAUCUGUGUUAGAUGCUGAUCGUCUUCAGAAGUACACUGGUCCUCAACUACGUGAACUAUUGAAAUGGCCUCGGCCACUUCCAUUGGAGGAUGAACGUAUUCGCUUACUACAUGAAGUUGGAAAGGAGCUGGAGAAGAAUUUUGGGGGAAAAGCAGUAAAUCUUGUCAGCUCUUGUGGGAAAUCUGCUGUAGCGCUUGUUGCCCUUGUAACACGUCAUUUUCCUGGUUUCCGUGACCAUUCAGUAUACAAAGGUCACCAAGUUUUCUUGUACAAGAGAGCACAGAUAUUUGCAUCCGAUCUAUGGAGUGCUUUCAAGGGUCAAAGUUAUGGUGAAUUUAAUGACAUAGGUGCAAUUACUAUAUUUGCUGAUUAUAUUGUUCCAGCUGUUCUUAGGUAUCUUGGUGUGUUGAGAUAUAGUUCGGCUCUGGCUAGCAUUAUUGAUGCCAACAGGGAAAUAGUUUCUGGUAGUGAAGAGGAAGUUGAACUGCGAGCUUGUACCGUAUAUGCUGUAGAGAAAAUGAGGGAGUUGAUAAAGAUAAAAUAUGGGAAGCAGGUACUAAGUGUGGAAUUGGAUCUUUGGCUAUGGUCUUUUGGCAUCAAAUGUCCAUCUCUGCAGCACCACCGAACACUCUCAAUAUACUACUGAACAGGUCUAUGUUGAUCCUCUUGCUUUCUUAAAGGAGAAAGAGGACAUCCAUGGUUUUAAAGCUUGAGGUGUUUUCUUUUGACAAGGUAGUUACUAUAAACUGUCUCUUAAUUUAUGAAGGGCUGAUUAACCCUUUGAGAUUUUAAGGAACGAUAGCUCUUUGCUUAUUAAAUUAAUGUUUAAAAAGUGGGAACAAAUGAUGUCUGGGUGUUUUAUUGUAGCAUGACUCUUGUGGUCCUGUCUGCUGGAUAAAAUAUCUAGAUAAUCAUGUUUUCAGAUCUAGGAUUAGGUUCUAAUUGUAUUUUUGAAGAAAAUUCAUCAGAAGUCAGCAUCCUUUGGGAUAUCAUUUUUUUUUGAGCUAUUUGGGUGAUAGUGGUUUGGUUUAUUUGUAAGAAUUUUGUUCUGAUUUUCCACCCAUCCUUUGGGUGAUGAUAACUGUACUCUGUUUUUAAUAUUAUUAAUGAAAGUUACUGUUUCUUA